UGUUGGAUUGUGUGUGACUUGACGCGGCUGUAGCUUGUGGGACAGAUGAAGUUGGUUUCCCACAGCUGUGAUGGCGGAUGUUGGUGAGAAUGAUAGCAUGAAGAAUUAUCACUUAGCGUCGGAGAAAAUCGACCCUGUGACGAGUCGUUAUCCUUACUGCAUCGUGUGGACUCCUAUUCCCGUGUUAUCAUGGUUGUUUCCCUUCAUUGGUCACAUGGGAAUCUGCACUUCGACGGGUAUCAUUCGGGAUUUUGCUGGUCCUUACUUUGUGUCGGAAGAUAACAUGGCUUUUGGACGGCCAACAAAGUACUGGAUGCUUGAUGUUAGUAAAGUCUAUGCUGGUGGCUCCAACGCGUGGGACAGAGCAGUCCACGAGGCCUCAGAAGAGUAUAAACACAGGAUGCACAACCUCUGCUGUGACAACUGUCACUCCCAUGUGGCCAUGGCUCUCAAUCUGAUGCGAUAUGAAAACAGCAGCUCCUGGAACAUGGUCAAACUUUGCCUGCUGUCUCUCAUCCAUGGAAAGCACGUCAGCUGUGCAGGCUUCUUGAAAACAUGGCUGCCUUUCCUCAUGCUGAUGGGUAUCGUCCUUACGGUGGCACUCGCCUUUAACCUCCGGUGACCCGGGAGAAGGUUUAUGCACACAGGAGACCCCCUGCAGGUUGGCCGUAUGAUUGACCUCUAACAGAGGAAAGACAGACAACUCGUCUCCAAGACAGGAAUGUUCAGCAGGAAAGCCAAACGUCCACCACAUUCUUGGUGGCCUGUUACUGGAGUCAUUCCUGAAGUGAAGAUGGAGCACCCAAAAUCUACAGAAAUUAAUUUCUAUACAGUAAUUUGAUUGAAGAGCUCAGAGUGAGCGUCUGACACAAACAGUUAAUGGAAUGUGAUUAUUGAAAGCAGCGGUUUUACACCAUCAGUGGCUGAGCUGUUGUAAGGACAACAGCAGUGUAGAUCUCUCUGUGAGGAAGUCCUCCAUGUCUGUCUUUAAGAUUUUGAAGAUCUGUAAUAGACUGACUGCAUCAAUCCACCAUUAAGUGCUUCCUCAAUGUCCUUUUUAUACUGGAGAGCAGAACUGCAGAGAAUUGAUGCAUCUUUUUUAGAAAAUUUAUUGCCUCACAUGCUUGAUUUGAUGUCACUCUUCUGCUGUCUUUAGGUCAGUUUCACCCUUACAGUUUGUCUGGUCUUGGACCAGGGUCCAAAAUGGCACAGUGCUGUACUUUUCCCUUUGACCAGUUUUCUUUCUGAUGGCAAUAUUUCUAAACGGCCCAAAGCAUGGAAGGAAAAACCACGUGUCAGUACUGCGUUUAUGUCACAGCUGCAGCUUCAGGACUCCUGAACGUCGGUGGUGGUAAUAAUUUGUUUUUAAUACAGUUGUUCACCAAAUAUGUUUUGUAUCACUUCACACUGCAGUGUUUGGAAUAAAACCAUGACUCUAAAACAGAGUCCCACCUUUUAAAGAGCGCCACGGUCCAUUUGCUUAUUCAACACCAGAAAACAAAUGCGUGUUCACAUCUCGUCAAAGACACUGAACUGUCUGAGAUAACAGACUGUGGUCAGGUUGAAAGUGCUGUGAAAGUGACCUUUAAAUAAGCAGAGUGGAUUGUAAUCCGGUGUUUUCUUACUGCAUGUUAUCCAGCGUAACGCCACGGGAUAAAAGCUGUGUUCUUAAAAGAACUAUUUUUCUCAGAUGUUUGCAUUGUUUUCACAUGUAUCUCUUCAUAGUACUACCUUAAGUUCAAAACUUUUCUUCUAUAAUUGACGUGAAGAUUGUUGCAACCUUCCUGAAUGUGGCUGUAGGAAGUUGUUUGGAGAAACCAAUGAAAUAGAACUUUUGGGGUUUAUAUUGAUGCUGAAUGUAGGAAAAUUGGUCAAGUCGAACUCUCCUAAAAAAUGGAACUUGUACUUUGGUGAAAUCUUCAGUAACGGACACUUUAUCUGUUGGAGGAGUAAAAUCCUCAGUUUUUUGAAGCUUUUUUGUUUAAAUCAUUUUUUUAUGAGUCGGUGCCUAAAAAUUACUUCCUGAAUUUUUUUUUUUUUUUUUUUUUUACACUUCACCUGAAUUGUUUUUUUUUUUGUUGUUUUAACAUUAAUUCCUGGCGGCACUUGAAAUGGGUUGCCAUGGUUGUCAUGAGAAGAUUUAAAUCCCCUCAUUGUUUGCGGUCGCACACAAAGUGUUGAGCGCUCUCUUUGUCCGCAGCGCUGCCAGAAGCAGCAGGUAGCCGAGAUUCUCAGGUUUUCACGCUCACCGAACCCUCUUGAAUAUCCAGUUUCCCUGAGCGACUGACCGCUGUCACUCCUGGUGUUUUCCCGCUUCUGCAGAUCAGUCGAUGCUCCGUGUGAAAUGUCGCUGCUGUUGCUUCACAAAGCUUUCAUAUGCGGCCUGACUUCCACGCCAGUUGUCGUUGAGGUAUGUUGCUUUGUUUUUUAAAUAAAGCUCCACAGUUUUGGUUUUUCCCUGGAGCUGCAGCAGUGCCACUUCUCUAGACUCGGCUCCUCUUUGGGGACAAUUCUAAGUCCGUGUGCAUCUGACCUCAUCGCGCGUGCAGAUACUGGAACGUGCAAGAUUCACCAGGUGCUGUUUGUGUACUUUGCCAAGUUUGAUCUCACACACACUUUUUCUGUGUUUUUGACACCUGUAUGCAGACCUGUGUCUGACACUGCUCAAGUGUGUGUGUGUGUUUAAUGCGUGCAUAGAACAGAAUGAAGCCAAUUGAUAGGGUCAUUCACUCAUGAUGUCAUGCUGUUUCUUAAUUUGGACCAACAAAUUAGACAUUUUAAUGAGCUGUAAGAAGAUUUCUCACCCUCACAGCAACACCCACCAUAAAAGUUUCCAACUAACAGAAUAAUAGGGGCAUUGAAUGUUUGGUCUCCAAAGUAAAGGUCAAACAAGGUCGACGUUCAUUGGAUUCUGUGACUUGUGACGUAUGUUAUCCUGUAACAUAACUAAGCAUGACACAUGGCGCAAACUAUUCUGUUUUAGAACUCUAUUAACCCAAA